AUGUGUGGGUGGCAGCAGGCAGCACACACUGUCUGGGAGUGGUUGAUUGGAGUUGGAAGCAGCGACCUGAGCGACACCGGACCUUCUGUUGACAGAUUUGGAACUUCUAAUAUGACGUACCUGUAUGCAAGUGGAACCGACAUAUCAGAGGGAGCAAAAGCUAUAUUGACGAGUCCUGUCAUGUCUCAAAGGGCAUAUAUCUGCUGGAUGCUGACUUUCUGGUACAACAUGUUUGGCAGCGGCAUCGGUAGCCUUAAUGUGUAUCAAACACCUAUAAAUGGGAGUAUCAGUGAGGGUCUGCGUAUCUUCAAUAUGAACGGGCAACAGACAAACAGCACAACGUGGCUUCAGGCAGAGAUAAUGCUCCCAGACACACCUCCCGAAUUCAGAAUCGUAAUUGAAGCAGUACGCGGAACGGAUUCUUCUUCCAAUAUUGCUAUAGACGAUGUUGCUCUCAGGCCCGACAAUAACAUGGUAUUGGUGGCCAGUCCCGACCCUCCGAGGAUUUAUGUUGCACCCACGGACACCUUCAAUUUUACCCUCAUCCAUAUCCCUGAGCUUGAGGCGAAAGCACAAAGAACCUAUGACGUUGACUACGACCCUGAAGACGGUAUGGUGUACUGGGCUGAUUUUGUUUCUAUCAGUCGUGCCUUUUUGAACGGAAGUGGUGUUGAAGUUGUGGUUUCAGACGGCGGCACCACUGAGAUGUCUCAGGUUUCAAGAACAGAGCGUCCCGUCGAAGGAUCAUCCUCCACCAAUCAGCCCAUCUCACCAGACUCGACCGCAACGCCUACUGCUAUAUCAAUGAAAUCUUCUUUUCGAGGCACCACUGGAAUGUCUCAGGUUUCAACAACAGAGCGUCCCGUCGAAGGCACCACUGAAAUGACUCAGGUUUCAACAACAGAGCGUCCCGUCGAAGGUUUGUGA